GCACCCGACUCAGAACAGCUGCCAUGUCCACAGCCCACGUCAAGGUGGGAUGGCUUGACAAGAAGGGCGGUGGGCUGAGCAAGUGGAAGCGGUGGUGGGCUACGGUCGACGGAGGUGUGGUCAAGUUCUUCACCAAAGAGUCGUCAAAGUCGCCCAAAGAGACAAGGACCAUCUCGAGUGGCUCGUUUGUGUAUGUGGAUGAUCAUCCUGGUCAGUUUAGACUCGCCCUUACUAAUGUAGGGGCCGGCGAAGAGACUCUGUUGCGGAUGGACUCGCAGGCGGAGCGGGUCUCGUGGGCCUCCGUCUUUGUGGCCAACGGCGCGUCGCCACCGGAUGGCUGGGAGGGGAUUGGCGGCUUGCGCGCUGAGGACGUGGCCAUAGCCGCGGCCGCCGCAGUCUCAGCUGGGAGCGAUUUGGCUGCAGGAAGCGGGCAAGAGACACUGCCGAUGACCGUAGGCGACGAGCUGGUGCCGUAUCUGCCGCCUGCGGCAGCGCUGUCGAUGUCGGCGCAGAUGCACGGCUGGAUCCACCGCUCGCCGUACAAUAAGCGGUCGUGGAAGAAGCGAUUUGCGGUGGUCAUGGACUCGAUGCUGUACCUUUACAAGAAAGAGAGCGAUGCUAAGCCCGAGACGGCGAUUCUGCUCUCGGGUUGGGUGGUCCUCACUUCGGAGGAGGUUGAGUCUGGCAAGAAGUUUGCGUUCAAGAUCUCCAAGUCGGGCGUGCGCCACUUGUUUUACGUGGAUUCGGAGGCAAGCACUGCCGAGUGGAUGGCGACGCUGCGCGAAGCGGUCAAGCUUGAGCUUCCGCACGAGGUGCGAUCGGUGGCGGAGCAUGUCCAGCUUGCGUUCGACUUUUCCGGCCAUCUCGACGUCUGCGAGUCCGAGAGCAGCCGCAAAUACAAGCGGCGUUUCUUUGUGCUUGCCGGCGGCAUGCUGCUCUCGUACAAGACAACCAAGGAUUCCGAGUGCGCGGACUCGAUCAUGCUCCGCGAGUACACCAUCGAGCUUGAUCUGGAGGAGAACUAUGGGUUCCGGCUCCUCUCGGUAGACGAGCGCAACCUCUACUUUCGGGCGCCUUCGGCCGACCAACAGUCGCUUUGGAUGUCGGUGCUGAACCAGGCUGCCGCCGGUUCGGCCGUCACCGUUCCGCUCUCGUCGGCUGAAAAGUCGCUUGCGCUCUCCAAGCAGAUCAAUGCUCCGACUCAGUCCGAGGUCUUCUUUGAGGCUGGCACCUCGGUGGUCCAGGUCACGCUGGUCGCCAACUGCAAGGAUGCGGUGGCGACGGUCGACCUCGAGGCAGCCAUCGCCGCCUUUCACGCCCAACUCUCCAUCUCGCGUGAGGCCUCGGUCGACUACUAUGUCGCCGUCGACAAGCCGCAGCUCAUCCACCCGUCGAUUCGCUCAGCCAUCAAGGAGCGGUCGUCGAUUGACAUUGCCGGCUCCAAGCCGGGCCUGCGCAGAUCACGGCACGGCUCGUUUGCCGCCUCGGACCUCCAGAGACUCAAGGCAUCGCGGGAGCGUACCCGGUCACGCGCUUCGACCGCCUCUGCCAGUAGCGGUGCCGACGAGGCCGAAGCCGAGGCCAAGUCCAAGCCCCCGGUGCUCGAGACCGUGGCCGAAGUCGAUACUUUACCCGAGGCUGAUCCUGCGCCCGAGGCUGAUCCUGCACCCGAGGCUGAUCCUGCGCCCGAGGCUGAUCCUGCGCCCGAGGCUGAUGCUUCACCCGAGGCUGAUCCUGUGCCCGAGGCUGAUCCUGCGCCCGAGGCUGAUCCUGCGCCCGAGGCUGAUGCUUCACCCGAGGCUGAUCCUGCGCCCAAGGCUGAUGCUUCACCCGAGGCUGAUCCUGCGCCCGAGGCUGAUGCUUCACCCGAGGCUGAUCCUGCGCCCGAGGCUGAUCCUGCACCCGAGGCUGAUCCUGCGCCCGAGGCUGAUGCUUCAUCCGAGGCUGAUCCUGCGCCCGAGGCUGAUCCUGCGCCCAAGGCUGAUCCUGCGCCCGAGGCUGAUCCUGCACCCGAGGCUGAUCCUGCGCCCGAGGCUGAUGCUUCACCCGAGGCUAAUCUUACGCCCGAAACCGAGCCCAAACCCCAGGCCGAAGCCGAGCCUGCGCUCGAGCCCACACCCCAGGCCGAAGCCGAGUCCGAGGCCGAGUCCGAACCUGAGGCCGAAUCCACAAGCUCAGCUUGUGAGCUGUCGCCAAAGUCUGCAGUGGUGGUGCCUACCGUCGCACCGCCACGAGCUCCCACGGCUGUUUCCUUCUCCUCGACAUCCGCCACAUCGGCAUCGGAUUCCUCGUCCUCUUUGACAUCAGCCUCAACUUCAGCUUCAGCCUCUGACGCUGAUCCACAUGCCGGCUCGAGUGACAAUCACCAAUGAAUGUAGUCUGCCGACUGCUGAC